GCAGACCUGUUGCGAAGGAUCGCAGCCCGUGAGCAGUGUGCAUGUAACCAGGAGCUGAGACAGUGUGUGUUUGAUGGAGACAGUCAUGAACAUGGGGAGCAGUGGCAGACUAACCCAUGUGCCAUGUGUACCUGUGAGGAUGGACAAGUAGUCUGCUCUAUCCCUAAGGACAGACCAGAAUGUUUUGACCCCUGUACUCAGUCGCCAUGUCUGAACAACGGGCGAUGUGUGCGUGAGAGAGACUCGGUCAACUUCACCUGCGCCUGUCCUCCGACCCACGCGGGCCCGCGCUGCCAGUACGAGCUGAACGUGUGCGUGCAGCACGUGGCGCCGGGCGAGUGUAAACGCUCCAUCCCUCGCUUCUUCUACAACCUGUACAACCAGAAGUGUGAACCCUUCAUCUUCUCUGGCUGUAACGGGAAUGGUAACAACUUCAAGACCCUUCAGGACUGCCAGAGCCGGUGUGUGAUCGGUGCCUGCUGCCAUCGCAGCUUCAGCAGGACCAACCGGCCUGAUGUCACCAUCAACAAAGGGUUUGUGGUGCUGCAGCAGGGGGUGACAUGCCAGGUUCGUGACCUGGAUGAGUGCCGGAGGUUAGAGGUCAUGACCCCCAGUGACAAUGUGAGAAGAGAGGUCGUGGCCUUCCAGCCAGGUCAGCAGUGUGAACCCGACACCUGCAGGACUCCCCCAGGUUGUGUGGUGAUUGGAACCAGGAGAUUCUACAGGUCAGGAACGACCUUCAAGCAUGGCUGCCAGCAGUGCACAUGUGAGCCGAAUGGGAACAUAGACUGCAGGUGUGUUCAGAUGACUGUAAGGAAGGAGAUCAGGGACAUGACCAAGGAAGAAAUGCAGCGCUUCCACGACGCCGUCCAAGAACUGAAGGAUUCUGGUCCCAACAACGCGUGGGACGAGUUCCGCGACCUCUACAUGCACCACAUAUCCGAGGCAAAAGGGGGCGCUUCGUUCCUGCCGUGGAACCGGCUGUUCCUGCGUCGUGUGGAGCAGAAACUUCAGGAACUGGACUGCGGUGUUGUCCUGCCCUAUUUUGACUUCACCACCGAUGUUGGGAACUUCGCCGAGGCGAUUAUUUGGCAAGCGAACUAUUUCGGAGGGAACGGGAAGGGCGUUUGCGUCCCAGACAACCCGUUCGAGGGAUCGCAACCCUGGCGACCUUGUCUGGUUCGCGACUUCAACCUCACAGUCCAGCUCCCAACCAUGGUGGACAUGCUGCUCGCCAUAAGUGUGAACGACUACGAAACCAUGCGGAACUGUCUGGAAACGUACGCUGCAUACGUCAACCUCUUUGUUGGCGGCGACAUGAAAUCCGUGGCAAGUCCGUACGAUCCGCUCUACUUUGCCAUCUAUUCCUAUAUCGAUUUCUUGUACUGGAGGUGGCAAAACAAGCCAGGAAACCGACCAGACAACUACCCUGAGUUUCUGAAGGAAGUUCCAAUGUACCCGUUCCAUAUUAGACCGGAGGAUGUCCUAAACAUUGAGUCACAACUCUGCUACACAUACAGGCUUCCUUCUAUAGGCACACCUUGUAACAACACUGAUGCGGCCACCAUCUUUGGGCAGGAUGGGUUCAACGAACUUGGGUUCAACAGACAAGGCUUUGACAGGAAUGGAUUUGAUGUGUAUGGAUUCAACUUACAGGGUUAUGACCGUAGAGGCCGGCCAGACUCAAGAAACCUGUACAGCGCAGAUGGCUAUGAUCAGUUUGGGUAUGACAGAAGUGGCUAUGACAGACUGGGGUAUGACCAAUAUGGAUAUAACAAAGAAGGGUUUAACAGAGAUGGCUUUGACAACUCCGGUUACGACGGUAGCGGCUUUGAUCGCUAUGGUUACGAUCGUGACGGAUACGACAGAUGUGGAUACAAUCGCCAAGGUUAUAAUCGCCAAGGGGAACAGGACCAGAGUGAAUAUUAUGGGCCAGAGGGAUUCUGUGAUGCCUGCUAUGACAUCAGUGGGUUGACAAGAAGUGGAUACGACCAGUUUGGGUACAACCUGCGAGGAUAUAACCAGCAGAACUGUAACUACUCCUACAGCGGCCCUCAUGUCACUUCCCUGCUCUAUCGUGUGCAGGACCGACUGUAUCAGCAGAACAAAAACUUCCUGAUGACGAUCGAGCGUACAUGUGUGGAGCUCCAGCCUCUCCCAGUCACCUGGUACGAGCAGAACUGGAUCCAGGAUCGCAAGGACGUGACCAAAAUGAUCCCAGUCAAGAUCUCACAGUAUCCUGGAUCAAGCUGGGCUGACAGAUUCUGUUUCAAGGUUGACAACUUCAUCUCAGCGUGCCCCUGUGACACAGAGUACGUGAUCUGCCGGCGGAACCCCUGCGCCGGCCUCACCUGUGCCGCCUUCCCCCAGGCCGAGUGCCGCGUGGACUUCUGCGGAACCUGCACCGCGGUCUGGUUCGUGGGGAACAGGAUCGUCAACUGUGAUGGCUGCUUACAGGAUGGAGUGCAAUAUGCUGAGGGAUCAUCAUGGCAACCGGAACCCUGUCAAUCAUGCACCUGUCAGAUGGGGCGUGUCCUGUGUGCACCCAUCAUCUGCCCCCCUCCCCGCUGUAGGAACCCUGUGUCUGUACCCGGGGAGUGCUGCCCCUCACCAUCUUGUACCGAUUGUGAGUACAAAGGCAAGGUGCACAGGGAAGGUACAGAGUUUAUAGACCAGGUGGACGUGUGCCAGACUUGCACCUGUCAGAGAGGAAACGUAGAGUGUGCGAGGAUGUUCUGCCCACAGCCACAGUGCUCCAACCCUGUCCCACAGCCUGCAAAGUGUUGUCCUGUCUGUCCACAAGAGUUGAACUGUGGUGAGCACAGAGAUGGGGAGAGAUGGCAGCGGGACUCCUGUACCACCUGCACCUGUGUGGCUGGAGUUGAGGACUGUGUGACCCAGAGAUGCCCUCCUGCUCCAUGUCAGUAUCCCAGAAUUCCUGCUGGCAGGUGCUGCCCAGAGUGCAAAGGUUGUGAGUAUGAAGGCAGGAAGCUGAGGAAUGGACAGAUCUUUGAUGCCGACAGAUGCACAAGUUGUACCUGUCUGAGGGGCCAGGUGGAGUGCCGGAGGAGGGAAUGUCCUGUCCUGCUGUGCCAGGAUCAGUACACACCCCCUAGGGAGUGCUGUCCUCGCUGUGAAGGAGGCUGUGAGUAUGAAAUGAUGACGUUUGAUGACGGCACCUACUUCACCCCCAUGUCCAACCCUUGCCUCAACUGUUCCUGUCUGCAAGGCCUGGUGAGAUGUAACCCAGUCCCCUGCCCCCCUGCUCAAUGUUCUAACCCUGUCAAGCCACUGGGAAGAUGCUGCCCUAUCUGUCCUGCCUGCACCCAUGAUGGCGCAGCGUACAGCGAAGGACAGACAUGGCGCACACCAGACAACUGUCAGGAGUGCAGCUGCAGGGGUGGCCGUGUGAACUGUGCAAACCUACAGGUGUGUCGACAGACAUGUCCACAUGGAGUCAAGACACCUGGCACCUGCUGCUCACCUUGUACAGAUUGCUUCUAUGAAGGACAGUCUAUCAGGAAUGGGAUGACAUUUGUGGCACAGGGUGACCUGUGUAACCAGUGCAGAUGCUCAUAUGGAGUUGUCCAGUGUGUUCGUGAGCAGUGCCAGCCUGUCAACUGUGUGGAUGUAGAAGUGCCCCCUGGCAGCUGCUGCCCAGUCUGCAGAGGUUGCGUUGACAGUUACGGCCAGAGUCAUGUGUCUGGAGCCCAGUUCAGGUCACCUGAGGACCGGUGUCAGAUAUGCACCUGUACAGAAGGGUCUAUCGUGUGUAGACGUGAGGCAUGUCAGGUGCGGUGUGAUAACCCAGUCCAGCGGCCAGGCCAGUGCUGUGCCUCGUGUGACAGGUGUAUGUACCAGGGGGUGGAGUACAGGAAUGGAGCGCAGGUGGACAAACAGGACCCAUGCCAACGCUGUUUCUGUCAGAAUGGAGAUAUUGUUUGCCAGACAGUAAUAUGUGCCCCAACACCAUGUGCCAAUCCCAUAGUGCCUCCUGGGGAAUGCUGUCCUGUAUGUGAAGAAUGCACCUAUGAUGGACAGACCUACCCCUCUGAAGAAACCUUCAUCGCUCCUCGCAACCCUUGUCUACGGUGCACAUGCAGGCGAGGUGAGCUGGAUUGUGAGCGGCUGGACCUGGAGUGCCGGCCCCAGUGUACCAGUCCUGGUCGCCUGCCUGAAGUCUGCUGUCCUGUCUGUGACAUUUGUGAAUAUGAGAGGAGAAACUACAGAAAUGGUGCCAGGUUCAGACCACCUGGAGCUGAUGUCUGCACAGAGUGUAGCUGUCUGAAUGGCAAUGUGCGCUGCAGUGUGAUUGAAUGUUCACCUGUGAACUGUGCCAACCCCACCACUAAACCUGAUGAAUGCUGCCCAUCCUGCCAAUCUUGUUUUGUAAAUGGCCGGGAGUAUCCAGAAGGCCAGGCUUUCCGUUCACCCAAUGAUCCGUGUUCUGACUGUGUCUGUACGGCUGGCCGAACCCAAUGCCAGAAGAGGUCCUGUAAUGACGUUGUCCAGUGCACUCAUCCUGUGACAGAGGCUGGUCAGUGUUGUCCAGUCUGUGGAGACUGUCUGUUUGACCAGAGGAGGAUCACAAACGGCCAGAGGUUCCAAAACCCGUCCAACCCCUGCCAAACAUGCUACUGUGAGAGUGGUAAUGUACGAUGUGACACAACCUACUGCCAGCCUCCCAACUGUUUCAACCCAGUCAGGAAGGAUGGACAGUGCUGCCCAGAGUGUCCUGAGGAGCCAUGUCUGUUCGAGAACCAGAACUACAACCAUGGUCAGCAGUUCACCCACCCCAGUCAGCCCUGUACCCUGUGUGCCUGUAACAAUGGAGAGGUGACCUGUCAGCCCCAGCCCUGUCCUUCUGUACCAUGCAGGCAGCCUGUGGUGGAGAGGUGCUGUGGUACAUGCACCGGUUGUACGUACCAGGGUGAGGAGUACAGGAAUGGUGCAGAGUUUGCACACCCUACAGACAGAUGCAGGGUCUGCUCUUGCAGGAAUGGAAAUGUAAUGUGUAUCCGACGGCCCUGCCCCCCACUGGAGUGCCCUAACCCUGUCAGAGUUCCUGGGAAGUGCUGCCCUGAAUGUCCAGAUAUACGUCAGCCCUGCACCUAUGGUGGGGACACGUUUGAAGACGGCGAGCGUUUCACCAACCCCGGUGACUUGUGUCAGGACUGUGUGUGCCGGCGAGGUCAGGUGACGUGUAACCGCAUGCCCUGCCCCUCCGUCACAUGUCCCUACCCUGUCAGGGGAGACUGCUGCCCCAGCUGCAAUGGUUGUUUCUACAGCAGUCGUGGGUACACCAAUGGCCAGGAGUUCACUGAUCCUGUGGACAAGUGCAGCAACUGUAUCUGUCAGAAUGGUUAUGUCCAGUGUGCCCCUGUGGCCUGCCCUCCCUCCAGCUGCCCCUACCCAGAGAAGAACGAUGACCAGUGCUGCCCUGUCUGCAGAGGUUGUGAAUAUGACGAUCGUCUGUACACCAGUGGGCAGACCUUUGUUGACUCCAGGGACUCAUGUAGAGAGUGUACAUGUGUGGCGACUGUGGCUGCCCAUCAUGUGAAGGCUGGAAAUGUAAACUGCCAGCAGAGGUACUGCCCCAACCCCGGCUGUACCCACCCUGCCCAGGGAGAGUGCUGUCCCAAGUGUGGGGACUGUCAGUACCAGGGACAGCAGUACAGCAACAGGGAAACCUUCCCAGACCCAAGAAACCCCUGUCAGCAGUGUACUUGUACUGCUGGUAAUGUGGUGUGCAUGCAGAGGAUGUGCCCCCCUCCCACCUGUACCCAUCCUGAGGAGGGUCUUUGUGGCUGUAUGGAAUGUAACGGAUGUAAGUACAGUGGGAAGAACUAUGCUAAUGGAGCCAGCUUCGAGGAUCCAAAUAAUGAGUGCAACACCUGUAACUGUCUGAAUGGCCAGGUGAACUGUAACAGGAAGCAGUGUGUGAAGCAGUGUGAUCACCCCGUGGGCAUUGAUGGGUGCUGUCCUAGGUGUGAAGGCUGCCGGUAUGAGCAGACCAACUACAGGAACGGAGAGACGUUCAGCCCAGUAGGAGACCCAUGUGAGGAGUGUAUCUGUACAGACGGGACGGUGAACUGUGGGAGAACCAUCUGUCCUCGGGCCGCCUGUCCCAACCCCAUCACUCAACCUGGACAGUGCUGCCCUCAAUGCCAAGAAUGCAUACACAGUGGACAGAGGUACUAUGAUGGACAAACCUUUGUCAACUCCCUGGACCCAUGUGAGGAGUGCAGAUGUGUGGGUACCACAGUGAUGUGUAGUCGGCCAGCCCAGUGUGCCUCCUGCUCCCACCCUGUCUCCAUCCCGGGUCAGUGCUGCCCCUCCUGUCAGCAGUGCUCGUUUGAAGGUCAAGUCUACACCAACGGCCAGGCCUUCAACCCUGACGCAUGCAGGGAGUGCAGCUGUGCUAACGGGAAUGUCCAGUGUAUCUCCCAGUCCUGUCCUCCACUGAGCUGUCCACCUAACCAGCAAGUACUGGAGCCGGGAGCCUGCUGUAAGAAGUGUCUAGGCUGUUUCCAUGACGGGCAGCAGUACCAGGAUGGCCACAGCUGGGUAGAUCCCAUCAACCCCUGCAUGUCCUGUCAGUGUCGUCAGGGCAUCACCACCUGCGCAGAGAUCCGCUGUAUCACACCCUGCGCCAACACCAUGAGUGUCCCUGGACAGUGCUGUCCUGUCUGCAGCGGCUGCAUGUACAACAAUAGAACGUACCAUGAGGGAGAGACCUUCAACCCUAACGGAGACCCGUGUGACCAGUGUACCUGUGAGAAUGGCAACAUGCGCUGUCUGCGCUACAGCUGUGAGACCCUGGACACAUGUCCACCCUCCCUCAUUAGGGACCCCAGGCCGGGGGAGUGCUGCCCCGUGUGUCUCGGGGAAGGUGGCCUGCUCCCUCUGAUGAAUUGUACAGCUGACACAGUGGGUAACAAUAUGAGGCUAUAUGAGGACCCAUGUUACAAGUGUAUGUGUGAGGAGGCAAAUGCGCUGGUGUGUGUGCGUGAGGUGUGCCCUAACCUGAACUGCCCUCUAGGAGAGCAGUACACCAGCCAAGGGGAAUGCUGUCCUGGCUGUGACAGAUGCUUCAUCGGACCGACCAAUCAGAUUGUUCUAGACGGAGAGUCGUACACAGACCCUAACGAGCCGUGCGUGACCUGCACCUGUAACCGCGGGGUGGUGACCUGUAAGGUGGAGGAGUGUCUGCCUCUCACCUGUAUGGACGGCCUGAUGAACUUCCAACCUCCGGACAGGUGCUGUGAGGAGUGCAGAGAUGAAGCCAUGCCGUGUAUGUACCUGGGUGAGGCAAAGUUGCCUGGUGAGGAGUGGUUGUUAGAUGAGUGCACCAUGUGCUCGUGUGUGGGAGGGGAGGUCAUGUGUAUGACAGAGAGAUGCCCUCCCACACACUGUGAGUCUGACGAGACACCCACCCUCUCACCCGGCAUGUGCUGUCCAAGAUGUAUGCCAAGACCUGCCACGUGCACCACAUUUGGUGACCCACACUACCGCACGUUUGAUGGGAAGAUGAUCCACUUCCAGGGCACCUGUGUGUACACUCUGACCGCAGACUGUGAGGGCGGGGACUUCGAAGUGCUGGUACAGAAUGAUGACAGAGGUGCAUUUGGUGCCGUCUCCUGGACACAGGAGUCCAAGAUUAAACUGAAGGGUAUAGAGGUGGAGCUUCUCCAGAAGUGGGUUGUCAAGGUGAAUGGAUUAGAGGUCAACUUGCCCUACCUGAGGGAUCCUGAGCUGUUUAUAGAGAAGAGCGGGUCUACUAUCCUGGUCAACACAGAGAUUGGGCUGAAGGUUCUGUGGAAUGGCCACAGCUACCUGGAAGUCAGUGUUCCGGGCACGUACAAGAGAAGAACCUGUGGGCUGUGUGGAAACUUCAACAACUUCCCUCAGGAUGACAUGCGCUUACGGAACGGACAGAUCACAAACUCAGCUUCCGUAUUUGGUAACAGUUGGAAGGUUGACACCCCUGGCAGCCCACCCUGUGAAGACUCAGAAGACUUGGACCCGUGUGUCAAGGCAGGCUACCGAGCUCGUAAGGAGGCUAACGCCAAAUGUAUGGUUCUCAAGUCAGACAAGUUCAGGCCUUGUCACAGGGUGAUCAAACCGGAGAUGUACUUUGCGUCGUGUGUGUAUGACCUGUGUGCCUGCGGCUCUAAUGACCAGUGUCUGUGUGAUGCCCUGGGUGCUUACGCUGCAGAAUGUUCAGCAGCAGGAGUGGUACUGAACUGGAGAUCACCCUCCAUGUGUGCCAUUGGCUGUCCGUCAGAAAGAGGACUUAUGUUUGAUGAGUGUGGGCCGAUAUGCCCCAGAACAUGUGCCAACAAACACACUGUAUUAGGAGACGUCCCCACGCCAUGUUUCAAACCCUGUGUCCCCAGUUGUCAAUGUCCGGCGGGGCAGGUAUUAUGGGACAACCAAUGUGUUACACCUGGACAGUGUCCUGAUACCGGUUUAUAUAAUAUUUUUAGGUGAUAGAAUAUAUAUUUUUCUUUAGGUAAUAAGAUAUAAUGAGAUAUGCAGGGAUGUGGCAGUUUUUUUGGCUAUUUAACCAUUUAUGUUAUCUUGUCCACUCUGGAUAAAAAUGACUAUUACUUGAAAAAGGCUAUUUUUUCAAUGAAACCACGUCCCUGGCCAAAGUUACAGAUAGCAUCCAAUAUUUGGACAAAAUGUGAGAAAAUUGAAAAAAAAAAACUUACGGUAAAAGUGUAUUAUGUGUUUAAGAAUUAUGACAAUCUGAGAUAGAGCACUUCAAAGACCAUCCUUUAAGUCGGUUUGUUGACUUUAUUUUAUGAUAUGUUACUAUGUCAUAGUUAACAUAUCAUGCUAUAUUUUAGAAUCCAUCGAUUUAAGAGGUGCACGUUACCAAAGUAAGCCACAUUUUGUAUUUCAUAUCUCUCUCUCUCUUUUGUACAUAGCUCAUUCCAAUAUACAACAUUCAUGCCUAACAUGAUAUGUUAUGUACAGUUGAUAAUUGUUAUUUCAAUAUUAUCAAUACUAAUACGUAGAAACUUUUCAAAAGUAUGAUAUAUGUCUAGCCUUGAUUUAGUAAGUUUUUUCUAAGCCUGGUCAAGUAUCAAUAUUUCUGACACAAGCUGUGCUUGUGGCUGUAUAAGCAGCUUGUUGAACAGAAUGGUGUGUUUGUGUUUGCCUCCAUAUUCUUCCAAGUGGUUGCAGUUGAAAUAUCACACUUUCCAAUGUUGAAGUGACAGUGUUACAUGGAGUAUAGCAAUUGUCACCACUACCUCAUCAUCUUAGUCAGUCAAGAACACAUGACUUCUUCUAGUACAGGUGAACUAUCAUGCUAAUAUAUGUACCAACACAAGAAAGCCAUAUCUGUUUACUUGAUACACAGUAUCAUUCCUCGACAAAUGUACAGUCCUGUUUUGGUUUUAAGGUUGUUUUCGAUACCAGUUUUUCAUUUGGUGCUUUAAACUUAACAUGUUUGGUGCUUUAUCUUUUAUAUUCUUACUUUGGGUUAUAUACAGAGUCAAGAACAGUGACCAUGGUAUCCACUAAGGUAAGGUCAAAUGUUACUAUGCAAAGUUCCAGAACAGGGAUUUGGUUUUUGUGAACACAUAAGUUGAUGUUAAGUUUAUGCCAAAGUCCGCCAUACUCAAGACUAUGUUCAUAUUUGCUACACCAACUAUUAUAUCUCUGAUCUGAAAAGAAUUACAGUUGUCAGUGUACUUUUGAUAAACCAACCUUUGAAGUUGCCGGUCUCUCACGUUUUUAACUUGAUAAUGGACAGAGAAGUUAUUGACUUCCAUGCAAGCAGCACUACAAACUUAAGGUAUUUCUCCUUUGAUUAGAGAUUUUCAAAUGUCACCCCUAUUUACAUACGUCUGGUGUGAAGGAAGCCGUAGAGCCGAUGUUGAUAUCAGCUCUAUGACAUGAAGAACACUCGUGUAAUUUAGAAUGCUCGAUACCUUACCGCAAGUUAACAUGUGUAUGCACGUGUUACUUGCAUUUACUUUGUUUCCUCACUUUGUGUACAUGUGUAUGUACCUUGUGUUGAUUAGAUUAUAUGGAUGACAUCCUCUGAGAACCCCAAAACUGAUGUUAAGUGUGGGGAUUUUAUUUUAAGUUGCCCUCAUUAUAUUAUGACAUCUAUGUGGUCAUGAAGGUUGAAGAAAUGACUUAACAUAUACAGAGUAUGGUAUGAUGAAUAACUUUCA